UCAGCCUCCCAUUGCCCGGUCCUCCACCCUCGCCCCACAAAUUAUUGGCAUUGCGGCAAUAUCAGCCGAUUCCGAAAAACUAAACCCCAACUAUUCAAAUCCAAAGCCCUAAUUCGAUAUUAAUUUCACCAACUUCUAAUCCAGUUCUAAAUCCGCCAAACAUCAGGAUCCCUAGACUCCAUGGCGUCGAGGAAGAAAGAAUCCGAAGGAAUUGCCUUGCUAUCCAUGUACAACGAUGAAGAUGAUGAAGAAAUGGAAGACGCCGAAGAAGACUACUAUCAACAGCAUCAACAAGGUAUAGAAGAAGAGCAACAACCAGAACAAGAAAACGAGUACAGAGGAUCAAACCUGGAAGAAGAUGCGAGAACCAAUGAUGAUACGCCGCCGUUUCCUUACCAAACCUCCACUCCUUCGCAACAACCGCCUCAGCCUUCUGUUUCCUCGCCGCAGCAACAGCUGCGAGUGGUUUCUUCGAAGAGAAGUGGUAGAGGAAGGCUGACCAUUGUUGAUUACGGCCAUGAUGAAGCUGCCAUGUCACCGGAGCCCGAGGAAGGGGAAUUAGGAAGUAGUAUAGAGCAUCAAAUUACUAAUGGUGAUUUUCAAGGAAAAACGCCACCAGCAGCUGUUCAGGUGACUCCGCAAUUAUCCAAUGUAGAACCAUCACAACCUGAGACCAUGAACAAUGCUGUGACCGAGUCAGAAGGUGUAGAAGUUGAAGAACCUGUUGCUGUGGAGAAUGUUGAUCCGUUGGAUAAGUUUCUUCCCCCGCCACCGAAAGCCAAGUGCUCAGAGGAGUUACAAAGGAAGAUAGAUAAAUUUCUCCUUUUGAAGCGAGCUGGAAAAAGCUUCAAUGCAGAAGUUCGUAAUAGGAAGGAUUAUCGGAACCCUGACUUUUUGCUGCAUGCUGUGAGGUAUCAAGAUAUUGAUCAGAUAGGAUCUUGCUUCAGUAAAGAUGUAUUUGAUCCUCAUGGAUAUGACAAAAGCGACUACUAUGAUGAAAUAGAGGCUGAUAUGAAACGGGAAAGGGAGAGGAAGGAACAAGAAAGCAAGAAGAAUCAAAAGGUCGAAUUUGUAUCUGGCAGUAGUCAACCCGGAGCAGUUCUUACUGCCCCAAAAGUUGGCCUGCCUAUUGCAGCUGUGGCUGCUGGUGGCUUGCCUUCUGCUCCAACUGCAGUUGAUAACAUUGUGCGGGAGGGUAGACAGAACAAGAAAUCAAAAUGGGAUAAGGUGGAUAGUGAUAGAAGAAAUCCUCUUCCUGUUGGAGCGCAGGAUUCUCUAUCUACUGUUGGAGCACAUACAGUUCUGUUAUCAGCUGCUAAUGCUGGAACUGGGUACACAGCUUUUGCGCAGCAAAAACGGCGAGAGACAGAAGAGAAGAGAUCCAGUGAAAGGAGGUUGGACAGAAGAUCUUGAGCUGAUCUUUUUUAAUUAUUGGAAGAGUAUUCCCAAAAACUUUUUUGAGGCUAAACAACAUACUUCCGUGUUUUUCCACCUCUAUAAUGCCAACAGUAAAAUUUAUACAACUACAUUGUACCUUGUAGAUCACUUACCUAAUUGUAACUCUCAUAUUGAUGCUUUAGUGAUAUAAUGCAUGCUUUGAUCAGCC